AUGCUCUUACGCCGGUCACAGAUAACAGCUAUAGGCACAGGCAGUAGGUCCUCCACUUCACGCAGCAGGCAUGUGCCAAAUACUGGAUACAGUGCGGCGCGGCUAAGCGUCUCAGGGCCUACGGCUUCGGUGUCGACUUCGGCAUCGGAACCGCCCAAACCCGGGAAAUGCUGGCUUGUUGGCGCGGGCCCGGGCCCGGCUGACUACCUCACGAUGAAGGCCGUACGGCUGCUGCAAACCGCUGACGUGGUCGUGUACGAUGACCUGGGCUCACAGGACUCGCUGGGCCUGGUGCCCCCGUCCGCCGAGCUUGUGUAUGUUGGCAAGCGGGGCGGGCGGGAGAGCAUCAAGCAGCCGCAGAUUAAUGAGCUGCUGGUGGCCAAGUGCGUGGAGAUGGCGGCGCUGCAGGCGGCCGGCAUUCCGUACGAGCUCGUACCGGGGGUGUCGUCAGCGCUGGCGGCGCCGCUGUUUGCGGGAUUCCCGCUGACCCACGCCACUCUGAGCCCUUCCUUCACGGUGCUGUCCGGACACGACCCGGACUCCACCGACUGGGACGCACUGGAUCCGGGGUUGGGGGCGGGAGGGGGAGGGGGAGGGGGAGCAGAUUCCCCCACUCGCACCUUGGUGGUGCUGAUGGCGGGCAGGGCGCUGGGGGACAUCGCCGGGAGACUGAGGGACACAGGCUGGCCGGACGACACGCCGGUGGUGGUGGUGCGGGCUGCGGGACUGCCGGAGCAGAAAGUAUGGUAUUCAAGGCUGGACAGUGUCAAAAAGAACACGGAGGACGCAGGUUCACUUUCGCCAUGCGUGGUCGUGAUAGGGCGGGUGGCUGGAACGCAACGGCAGCUGACGCCCAACUUGGCUCAGCUUGAGUUCGCAGCCCCCCAUGUACCGGCAAUGGCCGUAGCUUGCCGGGCGGCGCCCGGGGUGCCCUCCGCAACUCCUGUAACCACCUCGUCCACAACCGCAACUUCUACCUCGCUGCCGAACGGCACAUCGGCCCUUCCUAGCCCAGAUGACCAGCGAACCCCCUCGGCUAGCAGCCCCAAAUUACCAACCCCGGAAAGCACCCUACAGUACCAGGAGCAAUCCGCGCAGUCCCAGCAGCCCCAGCCUCCAUCCUCGUCAUCGCCUCCUCCUCCUCCUCCCCCUGAGGAAGAUGCUGCCUGGCGCGCCUCGGCAGAGGAACGAGUCCGGCGACUCAACACUCUGGUAGAAACGCGGCGACUGUACCGCAACAUUGUUCGUGCCGAGUACCUGCUCAACCUCGGCAGCCCACUGUACACGCCACCGCCGCCGCCACCGCCUGCGACGGCAGAGUCGGCCGAGGAGUCCGCCACAAGCGGCAGCAGCGGCGGCGUUGCGGCCGUCGGGGCUGUCGGCGGCUGGUCUGACGUGGAUGCCGACCGGGUCGCCAGCGCUGGGAGCUACAGUAGCAGCAGCAACAGUAGCUCCCUUUCCUUGACCCUACCCACAUCGCCGUCACCUUCUCGCGGCCCUGAAGAGGAUAAGGCCCUCAAGGCGGCGCUGGACUCGGUGGCGGAGAUGGCGUUGGUGCUGGAGCAGCUCAAGGCAAGUCUGCGGUCCUUGCCUGCCGGUUUCGGAGCCGCUAUCUUCCCUGCCUCCACCUCCUCCACCAGCGAGGAGACAGUGCGGGAGGUGGCUCGGCAGCUGGUGGCGGGGCUGAGGGAGCGACUGGCGGCGGAGCUGCCACUGCUGCCCAUAUCCAGUGACGCGGCCAUCCACUACAUUGAGACUCGCAACGCCAAGUUCAGUCGGCGAGUGGCACUGGACGAGCUCCAGGGGGGGUCAGGAGGCGGAGCAGGGAGCGGCAGCAGCGGUGCUGCUACCAAUGCCGGCGGCAUGGGCGGUGGCUCAACGGGCAGUAUUGCUGGCAAUAGCAUCGCUGGCGGCGGCGGCAGCGGCGGCGGGGUUGCAGCUGAUCUGGGAGUUGGCGGCGGGUCCGCGGUUCGUGCGACCCCCCUGGAGCGGUUGGAGGCUGCUGAGCGUGUUGCUGGUGAGAUCAUCGCCAACCGGAUCAAGCCCGCCCUCAAGCGCGCCUCCGAGCAGGACCUGGUGCAGGUGGUGCGGGGCACCGGUUCCUACCUGAAAGGCCUGUGGGUGCGGCUGAAUGGCGGGUCACCGGCCGCUGGGCGGUGGGGCGGCUGGAUGGGGGCGGUGGGGGCUCUGGAGGGGCGGGAGCUGCCGCGGCCGGAGGGCGCGCAGCAGCGGAGUGAGCUGGCCAUCAGCCGGCUCAGCCUGGACCUGGAGGCGUUGGAGAAGAGGCUGCAAGAGGCGUCCAAGAAGAGGGAGAACAAGUUGCGGAAGGCGGGGCUGCAGGGAAGAGUGCAGAUGGCCAUCCAGCUCAAGGGCCUGGAUGCGGAGGUGCUGCACCUGAGCUCCCUGCUGGCGGUACGAACACUGCAACUGGAAAUGGAGCAUGUGUACGGCAGUCUGGAGGCGGAGGCGUUGGAUGUGUUUAACGGACUGCAGCCGGGAGGUCUGCUCGCCCGCGACGGCUCAACCAACGAGUUGGCACUUUUGGUGGCGGAGUUUGCCUUGUUGGACGAGCAGCUGACGUUGCUGGCGGCCGCGCUGGAGGGAGGCACAGCGGCGGCGGCAGCUGCGGCGGGAGGUGCGGCGGAGGAAGGUGCGGCGGCGGCGGCGGGUGGUAGUGGUUCUGCGCCAGCGGGGGGUUCGGCUACCGCGGCUACGGCUGCUGCUGCGGCUGCUGCUGCUGCGAUGGGUCCGGCCCUGGUCAACGACGACGUGCUGAGCAAGCUGGCGUUGGAGAUACCGGAUAUGCGCAGCCGAGUGGGGGUCGCCGAUCAGGUGGUGUUCGGCGGCCAGGGUUUCUCGCUGACUAAGGCCCGACUGCAGAUCGGUGAGAGCCUGGACAAGGUGCGGGAGGCGGUCACCUUCCUGACCCGGGGCUUCAAACUGCUGGGCUCGGACAUCGCCACGGGGGCCAGACUGUUCGUCAAGGCGGCCCUGGGCAACACGCUCAAGCCUCGUGAGGUGUCCGCCCUCCGCCGCACCGCCCGCGACCUGCUGACCUUCAUUCCCUUCACCAUCAUCCUGAUCAUCCCGCUGUCCCCGCUGGGCCACGUGCUGGUCUUCGGCUUCAUCCAGCGCUACUUCCCGUCGUUCUUCCCCUCGCAAUUCUCCACACGCCGGCAAGAGAUCAUGGUCAGGUACGAGGAGUUGGAGCGGCAGCUGUUGGAGGCCCAGGCAGCUGUGGAGGAAGCGGAGGAGGAGGUGGAGCUGGCCCGGGCCCGAGAGGCUGUGGCUAGACUCACUGCUCCGGAACCACCAGCGUCGGUGGCUGCAGCGGUCCGAAUCUUGGCAGAGCAGUUGGACGAGAUUCGAGAUGACGUACAUUUGGUGGAUCCGCUCGUGGAGGGGGCCGGCGGCGAGGCAGCGCACGGGGCCGACGGGAGCGGAGGAGGAGCGCACGGCAAGACGCGGUUUCACUGA